UGCCACCCCCGAAUCGGAGGGGGCCUUCUCUCCCGUGGCUGCGGCGGCGGCGGCGGUCGUUCUACUGGACUACCGCGGAUCCGGGCCUGGAUUGAUUCGUCCCCGCGUCAGGAAAACUUGUUUCCUCUUUUUUUGUGUAACAUUUUGAUGUUAUUUGAUGGCGAGUAAUAUGCAACCUUCUGGGCCACCGCAGCAAAGGCCUCCUAUGAUGGGCUCUAGUGCCCCAUCUCAAAAUUUGGGACCUCCGAUGCCUUUGCAGUUUAGGCCAGUCAUUCCUCUGCAGCAGCCUCCCCAGUUCAUGCAACCGGGGCAGCAGUUUCGGCCUGUUGGCCAGGCCAUGCCAGGAGCUAACAUUGGCAUGCCAGGUCAGAUGCCACAUUUUCAACAACCUGCACAGCACUUGCCUCACUCUGGUCAAGUUCCACCCACAUCACAAGCUGUUCCUAUGGCUUAUCAGCCAGCUAGGCCUAUGUCAUCUGGGCCUCUGCAGCCGCCAGCAACAUUCCCUGGAGGCCAUAUGCCCACCAUGGGUGGCCCUAUGCCACCUCCAUCCUAUACGGUUACACUGCAGUAUCAACCAUCAUCUGUUCCUCCUACCAUAGUGCAACCUUGGGGUCCAGCUCCAGGUCAGAAUGUGCCUCCUGUGGCACCUCUUGUGCAGCCUGGGCAUCAACCUGUGUCAUCUUCCACUACAUUGCCUUCAAUCAAUUCCAGCGAACCUAGCUCUUCAGAUUGGCAAGAGCACACUUCAAAUGAUGGGAAAAAGUACUAUUAUAAUAAGAAGACAAGGCAAUCAAGUUGGGAGAAACCUGCUGAACUGAUGACACCUUUGGAGAGAGCUGAUGCCUCAACUGAAUGGAAAGAGUUUACUACACAAGAGGGUAGAAAGUACUACUACAAUAAGGUGACAAAGCAAUCCAAAUGGACGAUUCCAGAUGAGCUAAAGAUGGCGCGCGAAUUAGCAGAGAAGGCAUCAAAUUCACGCCAUGAUCAUGAAACAGAAACAACUGCUGGUGCUCCUUCUGGACCCACUUCUAACUCUGUGGAACCUUCUUCGAUACCUGCUAACCAGUCCUCCACGAUGAGUAUAGUUGCUUCAAGUACACUUGACGCAGCAGUGAACUCUGUUCCUCCUGGUGCUGGCUCCUCGCACAAUAUGGAGAACACUUCCAGUUCAUCAAAUACUGCCAUGCAAAAUGGUGGUCCAAGUACUGUUAUUACUCCUGUCAUAAGCACAGGAAUUCCAUCAGUUGCCAGUGAUGCAGGGAUUAGCAGAGCCAAUAACGAAUACUCAUCUAAAGCUAGCACUGCUGACAUGCAAAAUGGAGCAUCUGCUGAUGAUUUGGAGGAGGCCAAAAAGACCAUGCCACUUCCAGGGAAGAUCAAUGUUACUCCAGUGGAGGAUAAAACAAGUGAAGAAGAACCUGUCAUCUAUGCUAACAAGUUGGAAGCUAAAAAUGCGUUCAAAGCGCUGCUUGAAUCAUCAAAUGUUGAGUCUGAUUGGACAUGGGAUCAGGCUAUGAGGGUUAUCAUAAAUGACAAAAGGUACGGUGCCCUCAAAACUCUUGGAGAGAGAAAGCAAGCUUUUAAUGAGUAUCUAAACCAGAGGAAAAAACUUGAAGCUGAAGAAAGACGUGUCAAACAGAGGAAGGCGCGUGAUGAUUUUUUAGCUAUGCUAGAAGAAUGCAAGGAGCUUACUUCAUCAACAAGAUGGAGUAAAGCAAUAACUAUGUUUGAGGAUGAUAAAAGGUUUAGUGCUGUUGAGCGUCCAAGGGAGCGUGAAGACUUAUUUGAGAACUAUCUUAUGGAACUGCAGAAGAAGGAAAGAGCCAGGGCUGCUGAAGAACACAAAAAACACAUAGCAGAAUAUAGAGCUUUUCUUGAGUCAUGUGAAUUCAUCAAGGCAAAUACCCAGUGGAGGAAAGUGCAAGAUCGGCUUGAGGAUGAUGAACGCUGUUCCCGACUUGAAAAGAUUGAUCGCCUGGAGAUUUUCCAAGAGUAUAUAAGGGAUCUGGAGAAAGAAGAGGAAGAGCACAAGCGGAUACACAAGGAAAAAAUAAGGAGGCAAGAACGCAAAAAUCGUGAUGAAUUUCGCAAGAUGUUGGAAGAACAUGCAGCUGAAGGAAUGCUUAAUGCAAAAACUCGUUGGCGUGAUUACUGUGCCCAGGUUAAAGAUUCACAUGUUUACAUGGCUGUGGCCUCGAACACAAGUGGUUCUAUGCCAAAAGAACUGUUUGAAGAUGUAAUGGAGGAGGUUGAGAAACAGUAUCAAGAUGACAAGGCUCGAAUUAAAGAAGCAGUGAAGUCUGGAAAGAUUCCUAUGGUGGCUUCAUGGACACUGGAGGAUUUCCAAACUGCUGUUAUGGAGGAUGAUACUUUUAAAGGAAUAACAAACAUAAACAUGAAGCUCAUUUACGAUGAUCAAGUUGAAAGGCUCAGGGAAAAGGAGGUGAAGGAAGCAAAGAAGCGCCAGCGACUGGGUGAAAAUUUCUCAGACCUUUUGUACUCAAUUAAGGAAAUAUCAGCUUCUUCAACAUGGGAUGAUUCUAAAGCACUGUUCGAAGAUAGCCAAGAGUACAAGGCAUUGGACAGCGAUUCAUAUGCUAGAGAGCUUUUUGAAGAGUGUGUUGUACACUUGAAAGAACGGUUAAAAGAGAAGGAGCGCUUGAGGGAGGAAGAGAAGGCAAAAAAAGAGAAGGAACGUGAAGAGAAAGAACGGAAGAAAGAUAAAGAAAGGAAGGAGAAAGAACGCAAAGAAAAAGAAAGAGAAAAGGACAAAGGAAAGGAUAGAUCGAGGAGAGAUGAGAUGGAUAGUGAUGCUCUUGAUGCAGAUAGCCAUGGUUCGAAAGACAAGAAAAGGGAAAAGGACAAGGAAAAGAAGCAUAAGAGACGCCACCAUGACACUGCAGAUGAUGUGAGCUCUGAAAGGGAUGAGAAAGAUGACUCUAAAAAGUCCCGUAGACAUAGCAGUGAUCGCAAGAAAUCAAGGAAGCAUACCCAUGCUUCAGACUCUGAUAGUGAAAAUCGCCACAAAAGACAUAAAAAGGAUCGAGAUAAUUCCCGCAGAAAUGGCACACGUGAUGACCUUGAAGAUGGUGAACUUGGAGAAGAUGGGGAGAUUCAUUAGUCGUUCGUUUCUUCACUGAUAUUGUCAGUACUACUGCCCCUUGCCAUGUUAUUAGUUGCUGCCAUUUUCCUGUUUUGCUCAAGUAGUGCAUCUUCUGAAGAAUUUGGUAGUGUUAAUCACUGGAAUUAGUGUACAUGCUCUGAGACUUACCUAGUAUUUUAUACCAUUUUGCAGUAUCAUAAUACAGUUCCCCCCUCCUUUUUUGACAUCAAAUGAUGGUGCGUUUUGUUGGCAACUAUAAAUCUUUCUCCAGAGAAAGGAUUAUUUCUUUAUGGGGAUUGCUAAUGUGAAAGUUUUAUAUCUUGUCUUGAUUUGGGUUGUGGGAGAAAUGGACGAUAGCCUUCAUUGUUUGGAUAUUGAGAAUGCAGUCAUGAAGCUUCUUGUACUGCAAAACGUUUUUGUUGCCUUCAUAGAUCUUUAUUCCUCCCCCUCCCUUUUGUUGUUAUCUGGGUGUAGGCGUGUAUAGGGUAGGGGGGCUGGAAAGUGUUUAAUGGCUGAAAAAGAUCCUUUACUAGACCUGGUGGGAAAUGCAUGCAAUACUAAGGUUUAUUACUGACAAAUUUCGUUGAAACAUCUGUUGUGCCCAGUCGCAACUGCAUCCUGAGAUUAGUGCUGUUGAUCUCCAAGACGUGUUUCUCCAUGGAUCUGUUUCCGUCACCUGCAUUGUUGUCACCAUUGAGCAUGGCAGCUGUCUGUUGGUGUAAACCAGCGAGCCCUGGCAGCGGGGUGCCGGGGGUGCAUGGAAUGGGAAGUACGCCUUCUUAGUUGGAAGCAUGGCAAGAGGCAAAGCCUGCCCAACUCACUUGGUUGUGCUGCUGUGGCAGUUUCAUCCGAGUUGUGACACUAGUAAAGUGCUUGCACUUUGGAGCUGUUUAACAUCUUGUUAUUUAUUUUUGCCAUCUAACAUAGUUAUCGUAAUUAGCGGUUUGUAAUAGCUUGCUGCUAUUUAUGGUGCUUUUAUAGAUGGAUGUACUUGCAUCUGACGCUGUUGAUAUUCUCAUCAAGUCAGUGUGAUUCUGUGGGCGAUUUUUGUUGGAUGGUUGAACUUUGAUCCUUGUAUUAUGGCUGUAGAUUCAGUUAUGAAGAAAAAACUGGGAAGGGGAAAGUUGCUAACUUCUCACAAA